AUUCUUCCCGGUUCAUAUCCGUUGCUUUAUCUUACUUGUCUUUGCUCCACACAGUUCGUCAUGGCAUCCCAAGGCGAUCUGUUCUCGGCUGUGACCAACCGGUCGCUCCGCAACGUCCGAUCAGAGCUCGAAUUCCUGGUAGACUCAUCGGUCAUUACUCGUGCACAACUCUCCUCAAUCUUAUCGCAACUUCCGAAAGAGAACGAGCGCAGUAGAUCAUCGGUGCCUCCUCAGCAACCACCCGUCCAGCAGCCAGUGGCACCGCUGCCCAUUCGAACACAACCGUCUCCUGCCCCCUAUGCUCCCCCCACCAACCAAUUUGCCAAUGCCUCGUUGAACGAAAAGGCGCCCUACCAAGCGCAGCCUCCCCCGCAGCCAUACGCCAGCCCGGCCGUCCCGCCUCCUGCUUAUCCCCAGGCCCCGCCCGUGCUGUCUAUCGCUUCGGCUCUAUAUGCGUACACUCCAACGGAUCCCGGCGAUUUGGCUCUGCAGCCCCACGAUCGUAUCCAGGUCCUGGAACACAUGAACGCCGAUUGGUGGCGUGGUCGUAACGAGCGCACCAACCUCGAGGGUAUCUUCCCCCGCAGCUAUGUCAAUGUGGUUGACGAGAAAGCCGUCUCGUCUCCUCCCCCUACGAACUACGGAAACAUGCCGCUUGAAGUGAGCCAGAGUGGCUCCACGCCUGACGGUGACCCUGCUAAGAAGGGCAAGUUCGAGGAACAGGGCAAGAAGUUCGGCAAGAAGCUGGGUAACGCUGCUGUCUUCGGUGCCGGUGCAACCAUCGGUUCGAACAUCGUGAACAGCAUUUUUUAAAGUGUUAUUCGCGCAGUUGGCGACUUUGAGAAAGUAUACGAAAACAUUGGCGGAUUAUCCUCGUGUGACUUGUGUUCUUCAAUUCAGUUUGCUCAUGGAAUUGGCGUUGGUGGUUGUUUUUUGAGUCAUAUUUCUAAUUCUCUGUGAAUCUCUUGAUUCGCGAUGCGAGUUAGUGAGUCCUGUUGGAAUAGCACUUGACAGGUUCUCCGAAGCCGUAAUUAUGUGUGAUCAAACCGAGGAAUACCGAGAGCAGUGAUCGUAGACCAGCUCUAAUUGAUGCUUUUC